AUGUACACCAUAGUUCAUCAACCAGCCGAUGACUAUACGGACAAGUGUUGCCAACAAACGGGUUACGCGCCCUUUACAGAGACUCCGGGCGAGUAUUCGCACCAAUACUACAAAUGCAAAUGGGAACCUAUGGAACACCAAUGGUUAUUGAACAUGAUGACUUGUCCUGGUAAUAUAAAUCUGACCGCGCAUUUCAUGCCAUCGAAAGCCCGAUCGGCGAACGACGUGUCAGUUAACGAAAGGUCCAUAAGUUGUAAAUCUAUUGGACGAUUUGGUGACGCAAUUGUGCACACCGUGAAGGCCCGUUCGGCCACAAUAUCAAUUGAGCUAUGCAUAAUUUCCACGGCAGCCAAGUUUGGUAAAUCGUUGAGUGCUUGCGUAGCAAUUGUAUUGCAUUUGGUGAUGACCCGAUACGGCUAG